AUGGCCAAGACGUUCACAUUCCAUGAAGUCCAACAGCACAAGUCGAAAGAGUCUUGCUGGGUGAUUCUAUACGGCAAUGUCUACGAUGUCACGUCCUUCCUCCCAGACCAUCCAGGUGGCAGUAAGGUCAUUCUCCAGCUCGCCGGAGCAGACGCUACAGAAGAAUACGAUCCAAUACAUCCCCCGGGCACCCUAGAAGGUGCCCUUCCCCAAUCUGCUAAGCUGGGCAAGAUCGAUGAGGCUACAUUGCCUGCAGAAGAGAAGGCACCGGUAGAAGAUGGAGCAGCUGCCGAACAAUACAUUCCCACCCUCGACGAAUGUCUAAACCUCGACGAUAUUGAAGAUCUCGCAACGAAGAAGAUCAGUAGGAAAGCUUGGGGAUACUACUACUCUGCUGGAGAUGAUUUAUACAGCAAGACCUUCAACAACACAGUCUACCGCGACAUCCUUCUUCGACCUAGGAUAUUCGUCGACUGUACAAAUUGCGAUACCUCGACCACGAUUCUCGGGAAUAAGGUCUCUGUACCAUUCUUCGUGUCUCCUGCGGCAAUGGCGAGAUUGGGACAUUCAGAUGGUGAGCGCGGUAUCGCAAGAGCAGCAGCGAAAUUUGGAGCAGCACAGAUCAUCUCGAACAAUGCUAGCCAGACGCCAGAGCAGAUCAUAGAAGGCGCUGCACCAGACCAGGUCUUUGGCUGGCAGCUUUAUGUUCAGACAGAGAGGAAGAAGAGCGAGGACAUGAUUGCACGAAUACACAAGCUACCGCAAGUCAAAUUUAUAUGUCUAACAUUGGACGCGCCCGUGCCUGGGAAGCGAGAGCACGAUGAAAGAGUGAAGAACGUGGGUUCAAAUCUGCCCGUGAGAAGUGGAGUACAAUCCGGUUCCGCGAGCAAGCCCACGGAGUCUUCAGCGCCCGAAAGCGAUGCAGAGGGUAUCUCAAUUGGUGGAGAUGGAGGUGUAGGCAAAGCACUUUUUGCGGGUACAGCACCUGAUCUUACUUGGAAGACUACACUACCUUGGCUGGCGCAACAUACGAAGCUUCCGAUAAUUCUCAAGGGAUUGCAGACGCAUGAAGAUGCAUACCUUGCUUCCCUCCAUGCACCGCAAGUCGCAGGUAUCAUUCUUUCGAAUCACGGUGGACGUGCUCUGGACACCGCACCGCCGGCGAUUCAUACUCUGCUUGAGAUUAAGAAGUAUUGUCCAGAAGUUCUUGACAAGAUUGAGGUGUAUGUCGAUGGUGGUAUUAAGAGAGGAACGGAUGUCGUCAAAGCUCUCGCAUUGGGCGCGAAGGCUGUUGGGCUGGGUCGAGCACCACUCUUCGGAAACGGAGCUGGUGGACAAGCUGGAGUAGAACGUGUCUUUGAAAUCUUGAAGGCAGAGACCGAGACGGCAAUGCGAUUGCUGGGUGUGGAGAAGGUGGAGCAAUUGGGACCACAAUACGUGAAUGCCAGAGCUGUUGAGAGAGAUAUUUUCGACGGUGCUGCUGGGUUGGAAGGUUUGUAUAGAGAAUAUGCUGUGAAGAGCAAACUGUAG